UCGAACCGAACAGAACUACAAAAAAACUUCGAUUAAAAACGGCUGUGGCAACAGAACUGAAAUCUUCCGGCAAAUAUUUGCCAAUUAAGAACCGUCGACGGCGCGUGUGUCUGUGAAGUGGGGUGAAGUGAAAUUGGCCAGGCCAAGAAAAAACCACCAGCCAUGUCCGAAUUUGUGCGGCAACAUGGAGAGUAUGUGUGGGUGAAACCGCAGAAUACCACCAGUGAAUUUGCAGUGCCUUUCGGAGCUCGGAUUGUGCGAACGGAAAAAACGCAGACCCUAGUUUGCGAUGAUCGGAACAAACAGUUUUGGGUGCCAGCGGCGGAUGUCCUUAAGGCCAUGCAUGUAACCUCCCAGGAGGAUGUGGAGGAUAUGAUCACAUUGGGAGACUUACAGGAGUAUACUAUUCUAAGGAAUCUGCAGAAUCGAUAUGCCAAGCAGUUAAUAUAUACCUACACUGGCUCUAUGUUGGUGGCCAUCAAUCCGUAUCAGAUUCUGCCAAUCUAUACAAAUAGGGAGAUUCAGCUCUACAGGAACAAAUCACUAGCUGAACUGCCACCUCAUAUUUUUGCAAUUAGUGAUAAUGCCUUUCAAAGACUGCAAAGACUGAAGGAGAAUCAGUGUGUGGUAAUUAGUGGAGAAUCAGGUGCUGGGAAAACUGAGAGCACCAAGUUAAUACUGCAGUACCUGGCCGCAAUUAGUGGCAAGCACUCCUGGAUCGAGCAGCAAAUCAUUGAAGCCAAUCCGAUUAUGGAGGCCUUUGGAAAUGCCAAGACUGUGCGCAAUGACAACUCCUCGAGAUUCGGAAAGUAUAUUGAAAUCAGAUUUACUCCAGAGGGUGCCAUUCAGGGAGCGAGAAUCCAACAGUAUCUUCUGGAGAAAUCCCGAAUUGUCUUCCAGAGUCGCGAUGAACGCAAUUACCACAUUUUCUACUGCAUGUUGGCGGGACUUUCUGCUCCGGAAAGAGAGCGUUUGAAGUUGCAGGAGCAAUCCCCCAGUCAAUAUCAUUAUUUGGCACAAGGAGGAUGCUUUACGUUGCCUGGAAGAGGAGAUGCCAAGGAUUUUGCGGAUAUCCGAGCAGCCAUGAAGGUGCUUUCCUUUAAACCAGAGGAAGUUUGGAGCAUACUCAGUUUACUGGCGGCUAUUUUGCAUCUGGGUAACCUGAGAUUCACGGCAACUGAGGUUGCAAAUUUGGAAGCUGCAGAGAUUGAUGACACACCAAAUCUGCAGAGGGUUUCUCAAUUAUUGGGAGUUCCCGUUUCUGCUCUAAAUGCUGCUCUCACCCAAAGAACCAUCUUUGUGCAUGGCGAACAUGUGACCACCAGUUUGUCCAAGGAGGCGGCCAUUGAAGGACGAGAUGCUUUUGUGAAAUCCCUCUACGAUGGGAUUUUCGUGCGGAUUGUACGAAGGAUCAAUGAGACUAUUAACAAGCAAGUGGAUCAACCCAUGAACAGCAUUGGUGUUCUGGACAUCUUCGGCUUUGAGAAUUUUGACAACAACAGCUUUGAGCAAUUGUGCAUUAAUUAUGCCAAUGAGAAUCUACAGCAGUUUUUCGUUGGACAUAUCUUUAAGAUGGAGCAAGAUGAGUACCAAAACGAGCACAUCAACUGGCAGCACAUUGAGUUCCAGGACAAUCAGCAAAUCCUGGAUCUUAUUGGCAUGAAACCAAUGAACUUGAUGUCCCUCAUUGAUGAAGAGUCCAAGUUUCCCAAGGGCACUGAUCAAACUCUGCUCGAAAAACUGCACGUUCAGCAUGGCAAUCGAUCCAUUUAUGUGAAGGGAAAAACAACACAAACUUCUCUGUUUGGAAUUCGUCACUAUGCUGGCGUGGUUAUGUACAAUCCUUUGGGUUUCCUCGAAAAGAAUCGCGAUUCAUUCAGUGGUGAUCUGAGGUCUCUGGUUCAGCGAUCUGCUAAUAAGUAUCUAGUGGACAUCUUCCCCCAUGAAAUGCCCAUGGACACGGCAAAGAAGCAGCCCACAUUGUGUGUGAAAUUCAGGAACUCUCUGGAUAUGCUGAUGCGCACUUUAUCGCAGGCGCAUCCCUACUUCAUUCGAUGCAUUAAGCCCAACGAAUUCAAGGAGCCCAAGAACUUUGAUAAGGAACUAUGUGUGCGACAGCUGCGAUACUCAGGAAUGAUGGAGACCGCUCGCAUCCGAAGGGCGGGCUAUCCGAUCCGCCACGCCUACCGCGCCUUCGUGGAACGGUACCGCCUUCUGGUGCCACCGGUGGGACCUCUGGAGAAAUGCGAUUGCCGCAAGGUGGCCCGCGAGAUCUGUGAGGUGGCUCUGUCCGCGGAUUCCGAUCGCCAGUACGGAAAAACCAAGCUCUUCUUGAGGGACGAGGACGAUGCCAGUCUGGAGUUGCAGCGAUCCCAACUGAUGCUCAAGAGCAUUGUGACCAUUCAGCGAGGAAUCCGAAGGGUUUUGUUCCGGCGAUAUCUAAAGAAAUACCGAGAGGCCAUUAUCACGGUUCAGAGAUAUUGGCGAGGUCGCCUGCAGCGUCGUAAGUACCUGAUAAUGCGACAGGGAUUCCAUCGCCUGGGAGCCUGUAUAGCUGCCCAGCAGUUGACCACCAAGUUCACGAUGGUCAGAUGUCGAACCAUAAAGCUUCAGGCCUUAAGUCGUGGUUACUUGGUACGCAAGGAUUUCCAAGCGAAGCUGCUGGAGAAUCGAAAGCAGCAGCAGCUCAAGAAGGAGGAGCUUCUCAGGUUGGCCAAGAUCAAGGAGGCCGAGGAGCUGCUGCGACUGAAGCAACUGAAGGAGCAGAAGGAGAGGGAGCAAAAGGAGGCGGCGGAGAAGCGACUGAAGGAGGAGCAGAGGCUCAAAGCUGAGGCAGCCACACGAAAUGCAUUGGCCAUGGCUGCAGUGCAGCAACCAAGGAGAACCAGAUCCGUCAAACAGGAGGCACCAAAGGCUCCCACUCUCCAGGCACGAAUGUCCCUGCCACCAGCUCCAACCACUCUGAUAGCAGUUGCUCCAAUGGCCACCCGACCUGCCAGUGCCACCACCACCACCACUACGAACCGAAUAAUCCCCAUUCCCGAAAGUCCAGGAACCAUCGAUGUGGAGUCCUCCAAGCAGAUGGUGGACGACGUGUUCCGCUUCCUCAACGACGAACCCGAUGCUGUCCUGAGAAAACUCAACAAUAUUUCUUCUGGGGAUACAAUACGCCUGCCUAAGCCAGUGCAAAAUAAUAUUGACACCUCCGACUUCAGUUACUUGAAAUAUGCGGCAACUUACUUUUGUGGUGGAGCCACAGCUCAGCAUGAAAGGAAACCUCUGAAACAAUCCUUGCUGAAACAUGAACUUCCUGUCGAUGAAAUGGCCUCAAAGGCAAUUUGGUUGACUAUCCUUCGCUUUAUGGGCGACAUACAAGACAUUGCUUCUUCGCCUUCUUUUCACACUUAUGAUAACGAAAAUCUGAUGGGUGAAUUGUCAAACUUCUUGAACACUUCUGGUUUUUAUAAGCCUCGUUUAUUUGUGCGUCAGAGCCAAAGGCGAAGCCCAAAAAUUAUUGGAAAAAGCCAUAAGGAAGUCGAGGACUUUUAUCAACACUGGCUAAAUGUUCCCAGUAGUCAUCUAGAUAAACUGCACUUCAUCAUUGGGCAUGGUAUUCUCAAGGAGAACUUAAGAGAUGAAAUCCUGGCGCAGAUCUGCAAGCAGCUGUACCUCAACCCCAAUCGCACUUCCUACUCCCGUGGAUGGCUGCUCCUUUCGCUUUGCCUGAGCUGUUUCCCGCCCAGCAGCGAUUUCGAGCCACAUCUGCGUAGUUUCAUGAAGCAGGGAACCGCCCAACUGCAGGCAGCUCCCUCCUUGCAGAGAUUGGAGAGAACCCUGAUGAACGGACCCCGCUGUCAGCCGCCUUCCUUGUUCGAACUCCAAGCCAUUCGGGGUCGCCAGCCACUCAAGUUGGACAUUCACCUGAUGGACGGACAGCAGAGGAGAUUGCAGGUGGAUGCAGCGAGCACUUCCCGAGAGGCAGUGAAUCAACUUUGUCAGGGCUUGGGUCUAACCGAUACCUUUGGCUUUGGACUGGUUAUCUCGAUGAAUGGAAAACUGAUGCCACUGGGAGCUGGUCAGGAGCAUGUCCUGGAUGCGAUUUCGGAGUGCGAACAGCGUCAGUUGGAUGCUCCUUGGAAACUCUACCUUCGCAAGGAGAUGUUCGCCACUUGGUUUGAUCCUUCAGUGGACCCCAAAGCCACUCAGCUGAUCUACAAGCAGAUCUUGAAUGGUUUAAAGUGCGGAGAGUACCGUUGUCGUUCUGAGAAAGAUAUAGCUAUGGUUUGUGCUCUGGCCUGCUUUAUAGAACAUGGUCCCGGGGAUAUCCGCCGAUUGAAACCCUCUGAAAUAACAGCCUUUGUUCCAAGGGAUCUUCUAGCUCCUGGUGAAAGAGCCAUCGAGAACUGGAGUCGCUUGAUAGCAGCCACCUACGAAAAGAGCUCUUAUGUGAGGGAACAACAGAAGGAACUGCAAUUGGAGGCUCAGAAGAGGGCCAAGGAGGACAUCUGCCUGUUUGCCCACUUAACUUGGCCCAUGAGACACUCACGACUUUUUGAAGUGGUUCGCAAGGAGGGACCCAAGCUGCAGAGCGAUGAACUGAUGCUGGGCAUCAAUUCCACGGGUCUUUUUCUCAUCGACGAAACCGAACAGGUGCUGGCCUCCUGUAGUUUCGGCGAAUUACUUAAGGUUCAGUUGGAGGACAACGAUGAGUUGCAUGUGAUGACCUAUCAACAUGUUAACUUUGUGCUGCACUGCAGCAUGGCCCACGAUGCCAACGAAGUGAUCAACUACAUGCUGGAUAAUCUCCGCCAGCGUUCGAGCUACGGUGUGGCCUUGGAUCAGGUGGAGGUUGAAGAUCAGGAGGAUUUGCUGGCACUUUCUCCCGGUGACCUCAUCGAAUUCGAGGAGGGUGUAACGGGUGCCAAGUUAUUGGCUGGCAAUGCCCAAGAUUUCUACAGGGGCUGUGUAAAUGGCCACUGGGGUCAGUUUGCAGCUGGAAAUGUUCGCAUUUUGGCCACCCUUACCAAGCCGAGCGAAAAACUUCGGGAUAUCUUCAGGGAGGGCAGAUUCCAAGAACCUCCGAAACCAACUCCAAGAGCGAAUCACUCGCGACGUCGUCAACACAAUAUCUCUCAGCUGGCUGAGACACAAUUUAGGGAGCCAUUGGACUCUGAUACGGCUCUCCUCUCAAAGUUUUCGCCUGAGCCACUGAAGGCUCCCCUUCUUAAGGCCGUAGUUAAAGUACCGCCCCUUUUCCAGCAAGCUUUGGUUAUCCAUCAUCACAUUCUUAAGUACAUGGGCGACAUUGCCAGAAGCAAUCUGCCGGUGAACACGGACCUCAUUUUCCAACCAGCCCUGCUGCAUCCGCUGCUUUGUGAUGAGCUCUACUGCCAAUUGAUGAAACAACUCACUGAUAAUCCCUCCAACGAAAGCGAAAAGCGAGGCUGGGACCUGCUUUACUUGGCCACUGGCUUGGUGGCUCCCAGUGUCCUGAUAAUGAGGGAGCUGAUUAUCCUGCUGCGCAUGCGUGCAGAUGCCCUGGCAGAUGCCUGCCUCAAGCGGUUGAAGCGAUCCUUGGCACAGGGACAAAGGAAACACGCUCCCCAUCUCAUCGAGGUCGAGGGCAUUCAACAGCGCUGCCUUCACAUCUACCACAAGAUAUAUUUCCCCGACGAAACAGUGGAGGCUUUCGAGAUCGAGUCACAUACCCGGGGAUCAGAACUCAUUGCUGAUAUCGCUAACAGAUUGGAACUCAAGUCACCUGUGGGAUAUAGCAUUUUCUUGAAGACAGGCGACAGGGUUUACGCCAUGCCGGAGGAGGACUUUGUGUUUGAUUUCAUCAGCCAACUUAUCUUCUGGUUAAGACAGCAGAAAACUCUGCGUUCCGCUUCCGAUGGUCACUACCAACUGCAUUUCAUGAGAAAGUUGUGGUUGAACAAUCAUCCUGGAGCGGACCUCAACGGAGAUGUGAUCUUCAGUUAUCCCCAAGAGCUGCACAAAUACCUGAAGGGCUACUAUCCCAUCGAUUGCGAGCAGGCCUCGCACUUGGCAGGUUUGGUGUACAGUGCGGACCAUGAUGUUAGCUUGCAGAGACUCCCGGAAGUGCUGCCAUUGUUAGUUCCCGAGGAUUUGAUACCUCUUCUAACUGUGGCAGAGUGGCGACAACAAAUACUGCCGAAACUCCAUCGCGAUCACUUGACUGAGGACCAGGCUAAGAUCCUGUUUCUCCAGGAACUCUCACGAUUCCCCUGUUUCGGUUCCACUUUCUUUGUGGUGAAGCAACAAAACGAGGAAGCUCUUCCGGAGUCGCUUCUGGUUGCCAUCAACAGCUCGGGAUUCCAUCUGUUGGACCCGCACACGAAAGAGAUCCUUCGUAGCUACGAGUACUCCCAGUUGGGAAUUUGGAGCUCGGGCAAAAACCACUUUCACAUUCGCUUCGGCAACAUGAUCGGUGCCUCAAAGCUGCUGUGCAGCACCACCCAGGGUUACAAAAUGGACGACUUGCUGGCCUCCUAUGUGAGGUACUUUAAUAAAAACGAGUAAUUGAUUUACUCGCACCAAAUAAAACGUAUUAUUACAAGUAA